UGAACCAGAUCCGUCACCUUCUGCAAAUUAAGAAAUUACACGCGAGAGCGAGUUAACUCGGGUCUUGGUCCCUUACACGUCUCCUAUUUAUUUACAAUUCGAGAGGUCUGACACUUUGAGUCAAGUUCGAUGUCCAUGGUUUUACCUUGUGCAUAUUUUCCUUUCUCGAGAAAAUAGUGUUUGUGCAGCUGAGCUAUCACCAACAUGACCGAAAAUCAUGGAGCACCGCCCUUUAACGGAUCAGACAGAAAUCAAGCACCUGCGCCCGCUGCGGGAUUUCGCGGUCGUAUAGUAGGGCAGCCGCAAGCGUCUAUACACCAGCAAGCAGUCCCGCUGCGUGGCGGGUUCCCUUCCGUUAAGAUUUCGGAUGUGAGACAUGGUCUUAUGACCGUAGAUGACAUGAAAGAAGAGCUCACUGAGUAUGCUCUCUUCCGAUUCGAGAAAUACACAGCACAAAGUCGGUACGAUGACGAAGGUCGGUUACGACUCCCUACGUGGGACCAAGCAAUCAUAUCCCAGGUUCAGAGCAUGUCGACUGAGGAGAUAAGGCGUCGGGUUCAAUAUUUGAAUAGGAGGACCCGAGCUCCUACCGAAAAGUUGAAAACCCUAAGUCCUGUCCUUCAGCGACAAAUCGACAAGACAAUAGAGGAGCUCAAGUUGCAAAAUCCAGACCCGAUUAACUAUCGUUGGGUGCUUGUACAACUGGACCAUCAACUCGCGGAAAUUAAUAGCCCGUACGUUUCCGUAGCUGCAAGAAACCGCCGACAGUCUCGAAGACACCAUGGUGUACCCAGGAGGCAGCCACAUCGAGAUACGAAUGGGGACAACCCCAGGUCCUUCCAGAGGAUUUCCUUGACCACUUACUUUAAGCGCGUGCCUAAAGCUGAAGCUGAUAUCCCCGCUCUUUAUGAAGCGAAAAAAAGAAUGCGCUUCUCACAGAACAACCACGUCGCCCAUCCGUACCCGCAACCGCAACUACAACCACAACCCCAGUCUCAUCCGCAUCAUGGCCCGGACUAUCGAAUACCUCUACCAGGGCAAGGUUCCGUAGAUACUAGACUACCACUGGGGUCGAACAGUAAUCGCCCACAACCGGUUCCACCGCCUCCUAACGGGUUAGCACCGGGACUAGAACCAGGGCCAGGAAUAGGAGGUCCUAUGAAUAAUGCUGUCGUUGGCGGCGGCACAAAAGUAAGUCCUGCGAAUAUAAAGCACGCCAAGAUUGAAAGUGAGUCAGACCACUCGGACUAUUUGUCGUCGGAUAGAUCAUUUGAUAGCCAGACAACUCCAGACACUUCCUAUUCGUCUAAAUCGCUCAACAGAGGUAGAACCCUCAAACGAGUGCAUAAUAGUGAUCACGGAUCGGCUCGCAGUUUGGGUAGAAAGCAUGAUCGGGAUGGGCCUAGAGAGUAUCACAGAAAACAUAAGGAUUAUUUUGACGACGGACAUGGGGUUCGGAUGCCACCCAAGUCGAGACGUCCUUCGACCGGGAAGACGUCCUCUGUUGAUAUUGAUAGAGCUAUAGGUGAUGCUUACUUGGCAGGCGUCCUCCGCGAGAGAAAGGAGCGGACAAAGCGUGAAGCUCGAUAUUCAACGUCUAAUCCACGCAUCCUCUUGGGAGCAAGGUUGACAACUCCUCCUUAUGGUGGAAGACAUAUACCCACUUCUGAUCGACAGAGGGACACUGAUGAUGGAAUAUCGCGUUUCAAGGAUCUGUCUAUCAGUGAUGGAGACGACUAUGACGCAGUGCUGCCACGAGUGGAUGGUCGCCGGCGAAGAGAAUUUGAACAUCUUAUGCAGGAAGGGUCAAUCUUAGAGGAAGACCCAUUCGACCGAGAGAGAUCAUCGAACUUAAGACAUGGCGGUAGACGAUAUGAAGAGUCUUACGUUACGGAUGAUUCUGAUAGUGACGAUAGUUUACCUCGAACGAGGAGGAGUCGGUUCCACUACUGAAAUCUAGUGGGGUGAAAAACAUGUGUUGUCCUACGUCUUUUUUCAUUUUUUGUUUCUUUGUAGUUAUCUUACGCCAACAUUCAGCAAGAAUAUUGAGUUAUAAUAAUAUGACAGAUAUAAAAGAGGAUCCCGUAGUAAUGAGAACCUUGUUUGAUGUACCUAUACUUAUACAAAGACCUGUUGGCCCUUGGGGGUGCGAGAAGUACUAAGUACUGAGAUAAAUGCGCAAUCUCCACUACUUGCACGUGCAGAAACUACCUACCUAGGUACAAUAUGCGGUACCUAGGUAUACCUACAUCCCAUCCCGUACGUAAAGACCCCGCCUAAGGAAAGUGGGCUGUACCCAUGAAAUCGAAUUAAACAUCGCCUGUUUUUCUUCUCGUUAACAACUUCCGAAGCUUUCUCCUCCUCACU